CAGGAGCUGCCUGAGCCAGGAGUUUCUCUGCAUGGAGGAAUAAGAAGGAAAAAUCCUUUUGGAGACUGUGGCAAAGAUGCUGAAAAUCCUGUAGAGAAUCUGAAAGGGCAGGUGAAAAAAGGAACAUGGUACACAACAUUGCAAUUCUGGCUCUCAUCACCCUGCAUUGGCUCAUCAUAUAUAAAUGUAGUACUGGCAAUAUUGCCAUUGCAGAGGCUUCAAUAAUCCCAGUUGGAGAUCCAAACAGAGCAGUGGGGAAAAUAUCAUCCCAAUCGAGCACGUACGAAGAAAAGGGGGCAGCAAGGAAAGCCAUCGAUGGGUCCCUGGCAAGUAGUUAUGUGAAAGGAGACUGCACUCUGACGAAGAAGGAGUUUGAGCCCUGGUGGAUGGUGGACUUAGUUUCAGCAUUUCAGGUAUCUGCUGUGGUGAUCACCAACAGAGGAGACUGUUGUGAAUCACGGAUCAAAGGAGCUGAGAUUUUGAUCGGAGAUUUGCCACUUAAGGGAGGCACGAUGAAUCCCAGGUGUGCUACAAUCACCAGCAUGGGGCCUGGGGAGACCGUGUCCUUCAACUGUGCAGGGAUGCAAGGGCAGUAUGUGACCAUUACAAUCCCUGGGAGAAACGAGUUCCUCUCUCUCUGUGAAGUGCAAGUACUCGCACACCCAUGGCUUCACAUAGUUCAUGACAGAGGGCAGAAUCCUGUGAGGGACAGUGAAACUGAUGUAGGUUUGCAGGGAAGAGUCCUGAGUUUUCUGAAUGAAUCGAAGAACAGCUUUGUUGUCAUAUCCCCAAUGCAAGCUUUGAAUCUGAUGGAAUUCACACUGUGCAUGAGGGUUGCAGCAGAGGAUUUGGGUGAACGUAAAGUCAUUCUCUUCUCCUACUACUCUCAGAGUGAUCAUCUGAGGAUCGUGCGUGAAGCAAAGGGCUGUUUUGGUUUCCACAUGGGGGGUCGGAGUGUGAUGUUUGCUCUCCCUGAUCUCAGCACGUUGGGGAGUCACAUCUGUGUGACGUGGGCAUCUGAGCUUGGCCUCACAGCCUUUUGGAUGGAUGGGAAAAGGAGUAUCUGGAAGGUCCAUUGCAUGGGCCAUAUUCUUCAAUCGGGGGGCACCACGAUGCUUGGACAGGAUCAAGGUGCAAAAAGAAUAUCUGAACAGCAGGAGCAACGUUUUCUGGGAGAAAUAACAGAUCUGCACAUGUGGGAUUAUGUGCUGAAAUCUCAUGAUAUACAGGAAGUGUUCCAGGCCCGUCAGUUUCCCAGAGGAAACAUCUUCGACUGGAAAAUUUUAUCAUACAAAAUUACAGGGAAUGUGAUGGUAUUAUCUAAGGACUAAUAACCCAUGAGGUUAUGGCCAUCAGUGUGCACGGGAGUGCUUAUUAUCUUGCUGUGAUGCAAAACAAGCAAGCAAACUAUUAGCCUACAGUCUAAGAUGCCUUGCACUUCAUCUGUAAUUACUCAUAUUGCAGAACCAUUAACAGCAAUAUGAAUACUUUUAUAUUGAAAAUCCUCUAAUCAUCAAUUUAAAAAAAUAAAUAAAA